GGUUUAUCUUCUGCAUGAUAAGCAUAGAGAAGCAUCGAGGCUGCACACAGAGGAGCUGGAGAGAGAUUUCAUUUUAUUUGAUUUUAUUCACUGCAGACACUCAGGACAUUUUCAUCGUUACACAAAUGGACCCUCUUUUCUUGAACAGGACUGACCAAGACGAUGAUCACCUUAAAAGCAACAACUCGGGCCUCGUGCCAUAUAUCGGACCAAUCCGGAUCAAUUUCAUGAACAGCCAUCCUGCUUUAAGACCAGAGUCCAGAAAUGAAACCGAGACGAAUGAACGAUGCCAGCUCUAUUAUAACUACAGCCUGCUUCUCUGUUUGUUGCCUUCUGGUUUUAUUUUAUUACUGCUGUCAUUUGUAGAGCGCAGAAGGAAGAUGUACACGUUUGAGAAGAGAUUCCCGUGUCUGAGCGGCCGAUUCGGCAUUGUGGUCCCCCUGGACUUCACAAGCUCUCUGGAGAACCGAUGGUCCUACGCUUUCGCUUUCGGUGCUGUAACACCUCUGAUAUUCAGUCUGCUCUUCGGUUUCAUCGAGCCGUUUCCAUACACACCGCCGCGGUACAUAAAAGUGUUUGCGUACUUGGUAGCAGCUUUGGAAGUGGCCAUCGCCUGCAAACCUUUCUUCGUCUGUCUUUCAACACCACACAAAAUGCUUGGAGGCGUGCUGGGCCUGCUAUAUACACUCGCCUGGUUCAUUGCGCAGCUUUGGGAUUUAAUCUGGUGUAAAGACGCAUCAAAAUAUGAUAAAGAGAGCUUGCUUGGUUUUUCUCUGCAGUAUGAGUGGUUAUUUGAGGUCCCACAUUUACUGUCUUUGGGGUUGCUGUUGUUCCGAUUUGGCUUCAUGAUAGUGAAGGACGUCCUGAUCCGCCUGAAGAAACACAGCGAACAGGAAGUGAAGAAACAUCAGUACAGAUAUGUACAGAGAUUACUCAGAAGACCUGCUGAAGUGUCUGUGCAGAAGAGCUGGUUCCAGAGGAAAGUGUACGAAUGGGAUCCGUAUUUUAAAUUCCCAAACAGGAUCAUCGUCACCGUCGUGCUGUCCUUCCUUGGAGUGUACAUGAUUGUGUUAAAUGAGCAGAUCGUUUCUUCGUGGUGUAUCAGUAAUAUGUACGGACAGUGGAUGAAUUAUAUAAAAAUGUUUGUAAAUGAGUCAACUUGGAUCAUACACCUGAACUACAUAACAUACAGCUGGUACAUCUCAUCAGCGUGUGCUGCAGUCUUGUCUGUGAUUCACAUUAGUCAUGUGAUGGUGUAUUACAGGAAGCACAUUAAAUCAUUGUGGGCUGGAGACAAGAAAUAUCUGCCGAAGACGUACAAACUGAGACCUGCUGUUAGCGUGGCAGGACUUUUGAGGUACCCCGGCUAUCAGAUCGCUUUCACCAUGUGGGGUUAUCUGAUUGUGCACAUGGCCAUGUUCACCGCUGGCCUGCUGUUCGUGUAUCUGGUUUUAUCACCGAUCCGGGAAUACGGGUUUCUGUCCUGGCUGCUCGACCUCAUCGCCUUUCUGACAAAUUUUUUCGUCAUGCUAACUCUCAUGAGGUUUCAGCGCAUUGUGAUCAAAAUAUUUUUCCUGCAAGACAAAAGCUCUCCUCAGGAUAAAGAGAAACCACUCGCACUCAAGAACAGGAAGGUCUUCCACAACUUUAACUACUACCUCUUCUUCUUCAAUGUGAUCAUGGGCGUGGGGAGCUGUGUGUUACGAUUAAUCAGGAGCGCCGUCGUGGCCUUGAUGUUGCUGCCGCGCAUCGAGCGGACCAUAAUGCCUCAGGGCUUCAUGAAGCUGGACGCGAGUUACUGUACGUGGUUGGGAAUGAUAAUAACAGAUCAUUAUCACAGUAACCCAGUUCUGGUGUGUUUCUGUCACCUGCUGCUCAAACACACACUGCGGAGUGUUCGAGUGGACGAGGGCGUAAAACCAGAGCCUCCAGCAAAGAAACGCGCUCACCUUCGCUGGGUUCUUGUGUACAGCAUGCUGAGGAACCCUAAACUCAUCCUGCUGAGGAAGAGACGCUGGCAUGCAAACAGAGAAGAGCUAGAGCUCGCCUUCAUCUGGGCCAUGACCACAAACAGAGGGAAUAAAAACACACCGGGAUCCGUCACAUCUGCACACACUCUGAUUUCUGCCUUACACGGUUGUUCUAUUGCUUCUGAGAUUUGGUGGGAGGAUCUCAGAAGGUGUCCUCCUUAAAUCCUACUGGUCCACUGGAAUUUGGAGCAGGAAGUCUGACCCUUAGCCACACCCACUUAACACUUCGAAACACUGGUAAAGAAGUCAUGGUUUGUUCAUGUAAUCAAAUAAAUGUUUUAAAUGAUAAACAUGUUAAAUAUGUAACUACAGCAUGCCUCAUCUUUAAUCCAGAUUAGUGUUAAAUGUAAUCUUAAACACAAUUCUAUUUUAAAUUAUAUAUAAAGUUUGUUGAUGUACAGUACUGUGCAAAAGUCUUAGGCACACGCGAAAUAAUGAAAUUAAAUGUUUCUACAUUAAAAAUCCUAUAAAGAGCAGUAAACAGUAAUAAAUGAAACAAAGUCAGUAUUUAAUGUGACGAUCCUUCACUUUAAAUAAAUAAAGCAGUAUCUGAGGUGCAGUGUGUGCAGUUUUAUAAGGAAAUGAGCUGGAAGUGUUACUGAGCAUCUUGCAGAAGCAGCCACAGUUCUUCUGGAGACUUUGACUGUCGACUCGCUUCUUAUUUCUGCAGCGAAACCCAGCAGCCUUCAUUAUGUUUUUAUCUGAAAAGUGUCUCUUAUGGAAUCUGCUGCUUUCUUUACUGACAUACAAACAUUUUUCUGUAACGUUUCAUUUUGUCCUGGAAAACUAAUGUUUGGAAUCUAAAAUGUUUUUGUACUGAAUCAAUAAUGUAGAAGUCAGAAAAUAAACAUCUAUAACAAAGUUUGUACUAUAAAAACAGGGUGCCUAAGCGGGGUGGAGCCAGGACUGUUGUGCAGGGGUGGCCAGUCAGGGGCCAGCAGUCACUCUGGGGUGGCACAGAAAAUGUCAUUAUACAAACAAAAAAUGUGUUCAACCUUAAAAUACUCAGCUAUUUUAGGUGACCACAGCACAAUCGUCAAUAAUUAAUUGUACUUCUUUGAAAUUAAGAGAUUGUUCACACAAAAAUGAAAAUUGUGUGAUUUACUCACCUUCGUAUCGUUCCAAGCCUGUUAGAGCGAGUAGCUACAUACUGUAGGAUCUGAACCUCAACAUCAUGAUAUAUUUAAUCAAUUUCAUCUUUAAUACGAUUUCUGGUUUCAGAGUAAAUGUAAAAUCUCCCAAAGCUGCAAAAGCAUCAUUUAAAAAGAACCACAAAAGCCUGGCAACUCUGUACUGAAUUCGAACUUAUUUUAAGUGAAAGUAUGAAACUUGUAAUUUGUCAUCAAAACAAUUCAAAUCACUUAUCCUUUAUCACGUACGUCAACAGGACUCUACAACUGUUGUAGUUAAAAACCUUAAAAUCUUCAUUUACAGCGUACAUCACCUGGAGUCUGCGAUUGUUGUGGUAUAAAGCAAAGAUAUUCACAACUCAUCUAGGAUCAAGGACUUAAGCUUGUAGUCAACUCAUAAAACCUAAAAAUCUAGUUUCCGUACUGCUUUUUGUGCAUGGCAUCGAUAAACCUCUGCUAAAAUGAAUUUUGAUUUCAUGAGCUCACCUGUAGCGAGGUGUUCGUACACGAAGCUCGAGGCUCCUCCCCUGGCUUGUUGAAAAGCGUGCUGUGAAAGUUCUCGCGAGAGCGGAUUCUCUUCUAUUAAGCGGCAUGAAGAUGAAUCGUCAGAGAUAUGACCGAAAACACACCACGCUGGAGAAAAAAAUGUGUGUUGUUGCAGUAAAGAGAUGGAUCUAUCACUAACAACAUGCAAUUGCACCUGGGGUGGCCAGUGGGGUGGCCCUCUAGCUCCGCCCACGUGCCUAAGCCUUUUGCACAUUACUGUAAUUAACUAAUAAUAUGUAAUCACCUAAUUAUGUGACUAUAGCAUGCCUUAUCUUUAAUCCAGAUUAGUAUUAAAUGUAGUCCAGAUAUUUCCACUGCUGUUUUGUUCAGUAAUCUGGUAAUAAAUUCAGUUUAAACUCUACAUGCAUCUACAUUUCACUCCUAAAUCCAGUUUAUCUCAGAAGCGUCAAUAAUCUGAUUGUUGUGUAAUUUUACAUUUCAGUCACCAUUUUAUUGUAAUGCAUUAAAUACUACAGUACGGAGUGAUCCAGUGACACUGAACUGCAAUUAGUUUAAAAUUCUACAGUGAAAUGAUACAGGAGCUGACUGUGAAGCGAGAGGAGUCCAUUUUAUAACACAUUAAAGCAUAAUAUUUCAUAUUUAUAUUUAUAAUAUAAUAGUGUCC